AUGUCAUUUUCUUAUCAAUUUGAUUAUCUUCCAUCAAAUAUAUUGACUUUAUCAGGUGAUGAUUUUUUUCAAUUCAUUAAAAGUACGUUAGGUGAACCUAAAGCCAAUUCAUUAUUUAAAAUUUCCGUGAAAACAACAUCUUCAUUUCUGCUCAUUGAAAACCCACUUGAUAUACUUAAUGAAGAUAUUGAAGAUGAAGAAUUAGAAAAACUAAAAGAACAAUUAUGUUUUAAAAUGAAAAAUGAUAAACUUUUGAUCCAACCCGAUAAAAAACAAUCAGAUGAUAAUGUAUCAUCAAUAUCUUCGGUUUUACCAAAACAAACAACAACAUCUCCAUCAUUAUCUAUUUCUAAACAUCAAGAAUAUGUUCUAAAAUUAAUUAAAAAGUGGUGUCUUGAAAAUAAAGAAAAUUUAGUAUCUACACAAGGAAUUAUUAGAUGUAAAUGUGGUAAAGUUAUUGCAUUGAGUAAAAAUAAUGGAAAAAUACAAGUAUUAAAUUAUUAUAAACACUUAGUCUCACUCGGAUGUAGUCAUAUGAAACAAAUUUUUAAAAAAGCAAAAGGAUUAGAAUUAACAAAACAACAGCAACAACAAUCGACAACAUCCGUUUCAAGUGCAUUUACGUCUCAUUUGGAAAACUCGUUGAUGCUGGUGUUAGAUGAUGAACAAAUGGUUACACAAAGACCAUCAAAUGAUUCUUUAGUACAGCCUAAAAAUUUUGCUAAACGCCGCAUUACAUCACAAUCGCAGCAACAUUCAUCGACUAAAAGAAUUCGUACAUGA